UAGUAAUAUCUAUUCCACUGCCCCAUCACAGUGAUAUCGAAGAGACCUGUCGCUCCGUAACUAUUUAUCCAACGGCCAUUCUUGACGGCUAUAACACAUCAACAUAUCAUACAAAACAUCCGGGACAAUGUCGAGCGGCAACCAGCAGCGUUCCUUCUUUCAGUCGGCGAGCUUCUCCUCGAGCUCACAAACUAUCAACGGCCAGACGAGCAGUUUUAAGCAGUCGUCAUAUUCCGACCCGGCUGGGACGACCAUUUAUCGUGCCCAGCAACAACCCGGCCAGACACCAGUCGAAGAACGGAUCGAAUAUCCAAGGACCGGCCGUGUCGCACAGGCAGACACGCGAGGACGGAUCGAGGAUGUGACGGAGACGGAGAAGGAGUCAUCCAGGGAAACCAAGUAGUGAGCUGAGGCGACCUCUCUGGUUGAUGAUAGGGUUAUACAAGGAAGCGUUCGAAUACAAUCAUAAGGGAGCCAUGUCUCGUUAUUGCAUUUAAAUG